UAGCUCUAAAUUCCAAAAUGCAAUUUUGAGCAGUAACCCUAGCUCAAGAGAUUUUCUCCAAUGAGUCGUUCAAUUCUCUAACCCUAGGAGACAACCUUUCUCCUCAUGUAAAUUGUUUCGAUGGCUUCUGCAAAGGAACUGAGGGCCUCUGCACCGUCGGAGGUCGCCGAUUUGAACGAGUCCACAAACCGCCUGAAACUCACUAUCUCCUCCGAGCCUCACGAUCAUGCCGAUGAUGCUCCAAAUUCUCCUCCUCCAUCGUCCAGUGGCGGUCGCAACAGUUUCUCUGAUGACGUUAUCAAUCAGGUUGAUCAGUUCCUUCGUGAAGCAAUUCAGAACCCUCGCGAACGCCUUUCCGUUUUGCGGAUGGAGCAAGAUGUUCAGAAGUUCAUCAAUGAUCCUAAUCAACAGCAGCUUGAAUUUCAGCAACUGCCAACUUCUUAUUUGCGGUUGGCUGCACACCGGGUGGCCCAGCACUAUUCAUUGCAGUCAAUGGUUUUAUUGGAUGAUAGUUUACCAGAUGGUUCUGGGUCAAGAAUUAUUGUCCACAAGACUUCUGGAUGCAAGCCUCCUCUUAUUCAUCUUGCCGAUAUCCCUGUAAAAUUACCAUCAGAUUACAAUACUGUCAAGAAGGUUGCAAUUAAACAGAGACCACAGAAGCAGUCCCUAGUUUUUAGCGAUUCAAAUUCUAACUCAGUUAAAAAUCAAAACUCUAAAAGUGUGGAAGAAAGAAAAGAGGAGUAUAGCAGGGCUCGUGCUAGGAUCUUUAGUUCAAGUGAUAAUGGUGGUACUAUGGGUGGGAAGCCAGAAUGUGAGUUAAGGAAGCAGGAUAUCUCUUUAUUUUGUUCCUUGGGUGUUUCUAGGGUUGAACAUAAAUCCGCUUCUCUGUCUGAUGUCAGUUCCAGUAGGGUGUUGGUUGAGUCAUCCACAAAUAACAGAAGGGCUAGUAGUAGGAUCGAGAAGGAAUCAGUUAGUGGGCACAGGCAAAGUAGUAGGGUGGCUAUACUUCGGGACCAUGAAGUUGACCGCAAGGAUCCUGAUUACAACAGGAAUUAUGAAAGCAGUUAUGUUCAAAGACCUGACCUUGGAUUUGGGUUCAAUGGAGGAUCAUAUACCAUGCAGCCCAUGUAUACAGCUGUACCAAAUUACCCCCCUGAGUUUUCACAGCUUGGAUCUACUCAUGGACUGCCGCUCUCUACUGCACACCAGCCACAAGCUCUUGUCCAGCAUAUACCUGGGCCAUGGGUUCCACCCUCACCUGCUGGAAUAGGAUAUGGAUAUCCAGAGGUCAUGUCACCAUUUAAUCCUAGACAAGUUGGUGCCUGCUCCACACCAACAUUGUAUUUGCAUUCAUCUCAGUAUUCUUGUCAGUGUCAUGGAAUGCCUUUUAUUCCCCAUGAACAUUUUCAUCAACCAUUUGCACAGUUUCAUCAACUACCACCUGAUGGAAGUUUUGGAUUAGCCUGGCCCUGGUGAAGGGCAUGGGCCAUGCUUGCAACUGGUCAGCCUGAGACAUAUGAUGUGUAGCUUCAAAUAUUUCUGUUAGCUGAUUUCAGUGCAUGCGGGCACAUUGGCUGAGUUUGGCUGGAAUUGAUUUGAAGACCUUCUUCGUUUAUCCCUUCCUCCAUUUUUGGUCUUGCAAGGAUGUUUAUUGCGUCUUCCAUGUCCCUCGUGGACAUUUGCGAUUUCAAUUAGGAGCUUCUAGAGCUCAAACAUUGCUUCUGAUGAUUUUACAAGGAGAUAAUUGAGACUUACCCAUAGCUGAACAAGUUUGUGCUUGACUUGGACGAAGCUUUAAAGAGCUCAAGGGGUUACUUGUAAAAGAGCUUGGCACGUCUGCCUUCUGAUUGUUGGAAUUUUGUUGUUGAGAUUCAACUGGAAUUUCUCAAGAUUUAUACAUGUGCUGCGAUGCCAAUUCGAAGUCUUGCUAUGAGAGCUAGCAAAUCUAAUGCGUUUCUAUCGAUCAUUUGAAAUUUGGCGUGAUCUUUAAAACCUCUCAAUAGAGCCACAAAUUUGGUGAAAGCAAUCAUGUGGUCCAUUAUGCGUAGGAAGCUCAAAUGCAUGAAUGUUAGGGAUUCAUGCAGUAAAUGGACACAUGCAUAUGGUUGCCUGCCUUCACCCAAAUUGUCUCUCUACUGAGAGCUUUGGAGGAACCGAAUGAUGCUUCAAAUAAUUGAAUAGCAACGCAUCUUAGUUACUGUCUGUCAUAGCAAUCCUCCAAAGUGAUCAAAACUCAUCUCACUGACAACUUGAAAAACUGACAUGUCCAGAGAAAUGUGCUUUUGAUCAAUGCUGAAACACUUGAGAAAAAAGAGAGAACUUUAGGGAUUCAUUGUGGGAGACAAGAGAGUGUAUCCGGAGGAUUGACGAGAAGAUAGAGACUUGAUUGAAGCUCCGACAGAGACUUAACUUUAUCUAUUUUCCAACUCCUCCCAAUGCCAAUCAAGUUCCCAUUCCCGAUGGCCGAUUCGAAAAGUUGAAGAUCAGUUGCUCUUUCUAUUUUUUAGAUUUCAAAGUAAACGUAGGUUAAUGGUCAUGUGGUUUCACUUGCCUACCUAAUACAUUUAGUUGUGGGAGACUUCUGUUUCCUGGUUAAUGUUCAUGUAGUUUCGCUAGGCUUGUUAAUUCUUGUCAUCCGUUACUUGCAUGGUUCAGUUUGAUUUGGUUAUUAAAUAAAUAAAAAAUCCAAGUCAAUAAAAAAUGAUCGGUUUAGUUUUGUUCAGUUUACGAGGCUAGUGGGGCAUUUUAAAUUUCAUUGUUUGUUCGGAUUUUGCCCUAGUGCUUCAAGUUUUGUUUUGCUUAUCAUUACAAAUUUCAUUGUUUCUUUCAA